GGUCUUACUUCAGCUUUAGAUUGCCGAGAGUACCUAGACGCGAGGGCUGUCACCUUGCAGGCGGCGCUUCGGAGUGUGGUCUUGGUCACUUGUGUAGCUGUCGAGCACAGCAGACAUGGCGCCAACAACUUUCCUCGGCUGCCCCAUUCCCGCCUUGAGGAAGCAAGCAGUCGUGCCCUGAUACUCGUUGAUGAAAGUGUACGCCAAACAUCCGCUAGUUGACAAGCACGUGGCGCAACAGUCACCCGGCUGCAGGCCGUACACCGUCUUGAUGUCACCUCCGUAAAAAUCGUAGCCCGUGAAUUGGCGAGAACAUUGCGAAGGAAGAGAUAGGCAUUGGUAAUAGUUGGGCGCCCACGGCAUACAGUAGCUCCCGUCCGGGCAACAUUCAGGGUUGGAGGCGUCGCCACAUUUGCCGAGAUUUGUGUUGGGGCAUGCGGCGUCAGAGUGUCCGACAAACACAGCGAUUGUGGCAGCAACAACAGCGAGCAUGCGCAUCAUUGUGACAAUAGGUGCUGGUCAGAUACCGCGCUUGGGCUGUGGAUUGGAGGAAAAACCACGAGUGAGCCUUAUGCGCCACAGCGCAAAUGGAGCAUCCAGGGAGAGCUGGUACCGUGUGUCCCUUUGCUAUAAAAGAUAGGAGGCUAGUUUGCUCGAUAAUCCGGCUCCUUACAUCGAAAUAUAGAGGUGAAUCGGGUACGUGCGAGGCACAAUGCCAUUCAAAGCCAACAAAUGGCGUGCAUAUGCCACCGACAAAGAUUCUACUGCUCCAGUUGUUUCACCGAACUCUACAGCAAAGGUUGCUGUGCUUGCAAGUCUGUCAGUAAAUGGCAUUUGGGCAAGAAGACUCUUUCAUGUGGGUGUUUGCUCAGGUUGAGGUGGAUCCAGGUGGUUGUUUUGCUUUGCAAGAUGCUUUCGUUGUCUAGGAUUCUUAUGCUGCUUUCUACUGCAGGAAAUAAUGAUAAUACGGCGAUUCUGAGCCCUGCUCAACGUGACCUCCUCUCUAGAACAGCACGUGGUUUUAUCUGGCAAGAAAUCUUCUUCAUAUACGAAUACUUUGAAGUAGAACGAGGCAAUCAUUCGCCAUUUUCCUGCGUAAGCGCCUCGAUCAUGGCCCUGGUUUGGUUAGCUUGAGCAUCCAUGGCAAUCCACCACUUCAGCGAAAUCGGCUUAACUGUAGUGUGGUCUGAUCGUUAGUAGUAGCUGUCGACAGGAGACACAUUCUGCAGCGACAACGCAGCGAUACAUUAUUCUAGGUAAGCUAAGAAUGUUGUCACUAGUAUCGGUUGAAGAGAAGCUUAGCGCUACAACUAAUGAAAGUGAACGGUUGAGCCACCGCAACGGCAAGCCCCUAGCUGUCGAGGCAAUACCUAUUGAUCUCCGAAA